AAAUUGAAUCACGCAGUCCAAAACAAACCAGUUGGCGAUCACAUAUAAAUUUAGGCUGAUAAAGAUUGGUAUUCAAGGUUUUCGUCUCGUGUAGGCAAGAGUUGAAAUUGCCGAUGAACACCCAAUAUCCUGAGUUUCACAACAGCUUUAGAAAUGGAGGAAACCACGUUUAGCUACAAUUUUAUUCCGAGUCGAAGGGUGGAUGAAGUGAUCGACGUGAUGCGAUCUAGUUUUACACAACUUCAAAAACAACGGAUCUUUACAUAUGUCAACAGAGGAAGUCGUGGUUUUAUUUCUGUCCAUCUCUGAAGUGCCGUUGGCUCGUUGUAUGGGUUCUCUGCAAAAAGCUUUACUGGCGGAGAUAACCAAGCUGUCAAAGUCAGGUCGCCGACGUUCUUACCGUGAAAGGUCCAGUACCGAGAGCAGAGUACUUCAGUUAACGGCGGAAGAAGCUGAAAAUGAAGAUAUCAGUUACGACAACGAUGGCACAGACACAGGUCACAUGUAGACCAGUGAUACCAAAGCAGACCCAGAUCCAUCAUACUGUGUCAGUGGAUCAAGCCUCCACCACACAUGCAGUCUGGCCAUAUGUUCAGGACAGGAUGAUGCACCUUGUGUUCACACGGAGAGAAGCCUUACUCCUGCUCCGACUGCAACAAGACCUUCCACAGACAGGUAGGAACUGGGUAGAAGUAGCAAAACAUGAUUUAAUCUUGUGGUGAGAGUGAUACGCUCUUUGGACAGGCCCAAGCCGUACAUGUGCUCACACUGCGGCAAAUUCUUCUCCAACGCCGCGGCGGUCGCCGCCCACGAGCGAGAAGCCGUUUCCGUGCCCGUACUGUGAGAAGACGUUUGCGACCGCCGGUAUGAUGAAGGCACACGCCCUGUGCCACCUGACUGAGCAACCUCACCCGUGUCCCCAGUGUGACAAUUUCUUUAGAACAGUGUAUGAUCAGUCAUCAGCUGGUGACACAAGGCCCUUCCUGUGUGAGAAGUGUCCCAAGGCCUUCAGGACAGCCAGGAUUCUGCAUAACCACAAGGUCCACCACAUGGAGGACAGUGACCACGCCUUUGAGGACUGCAACAAGACACCCCACCACCUGAAGCUCCACUCAGAGGACAAGCCCUCCGUUUGUCCCGACCGUGGCAAGGGAUUCCUCUGGCCCGACCGCCUCCACCGCCGUACCCACGUUACAGAGCCCAAGUCCGGGAAGAUCCAUGUGCCUGCGGGCGUUCACCAGGGAGUGACACCUUAAUGUUGAGCACGGCAUCGAACCGUCCACCCCCAUGGGUCAAAGUUGAACUGUCAUCUGGAUUGGAGGCGAAGACUAGGACAGUCCAGGUCAAACCAAACCGCUUUCGUUCAGGUCUGAACCAACUGGAUCAUCACAGCUGUGACGAGGAGACUGAGACACACAGUUCCAGCAGAAGAGGAGGAUCACAAUGAAGAAGUCAGAGCAGUUUGGUGUUGAAAGAAGAAAACAUGUUCCCGUCUUAUAGACUACUUCUGUCAGUGUCUAGUAGUACACACCAUAGACACCAGCUUGUGUCAGGGAGUGCUGUAGCAGGGAAUACAGGUCUAGGACCAGUUAGACUGCAGCUUGUGUCGGAGUGCUGUAGCAGGGAAUACAGGUCUAGGACCAGUUAGACUGCAGCUUGUGUCAGGGCUGGGGAGUGCUGUAGCAGGGAAUACAGGUCUAGGACCAGUUAGACUGCAGCUUGUGUCGGAGUGCUGUAGCAGGGAAUACAGGUCUAGGACCAGUUAGACUGCAGCUUGUGUCAGGGCCGGGGAGUGCUGUAGCAGGGAAUACAGGUCUAGGACCAGUUAGACUGCAGCUUGUGUCGGAGUGCUGUAGCAGGGAAUACAGGUCUAGGACCAGUUAGACUGCAGCUUGUGUCAGGGCCGGGGAGUGCUGUAGCAGGGAAUACAGGUCUAGGACCAGUUAGACUGCAGCUUGUGUCGGAGUGCUGUAGCAGGGAAUACAGGUCUAGGACCAGUUAGACUGCAGCUUGUGUCAGGGCCGGGGAGUGCUGUAGCAGGGAAUACAGGUCUAGGACCAGUUAGACUGCAGCUUGUGUCAGGGCCGGGGAGUGCUGUAGCAGGGAAUACUGGUCUAGGACCAGUUAGACUGCAGCUUGUGUCAGGGCCGGGGAGUGCUGUAGCAGGGAAUACAGGUCUAGGACCAGUUAGACUGCAGCUUGUGUCAGGGCUGGGGAGUGCUGUAGCAGGGAAUACAGGUCUAGGACCAGUUAGACUGUAGCUUGUGUCAGGGCCGGGGAGUGCUGUAGCAGGGAAUACAGGUCUAGGACCAGUUAGACUGCAGCUUGUGUCAGGGCCGGGGAGUGCUGUAGCAGCAAGAACAAGUCUAGGCACUGUUGUUAGAAUGCAGCGUGGGUCAGCAGGAAGAACAAGUCUAGGCACUGUUGUUAGAAUGCAGCGUGGGUCAGCAGGAAGAACAAGUCCCAGGCCUGUGUUUAUGAUUGUUGCCAACCAGGGAGUGGGACAGCCUCUGACCCUGUUCCAGGCACCUGUAGUGAGGUUCACAACUCCUGCUAGAGUCACAGCACCAUCUACAGGCCAAACAGCGAAACAACAUCCUCUGUGACUAGUUUACAUGCCUGUGGUAUCAUCCAAAGCAACACCCAUAGCACCAGUAUAGUAUCCAAACCCAUAGUAACACUAGUAAAUCCCUGACAAGUCUCACCCGUAGCAGCGUAACACAUAGUAGCAGCACCAGUCACCUCCAUGACCAGACAUCACAACUAUGGCAGCACCAGUCACCUCCAUGACCAGACCAGACAUCACAACUAUGGCAGCACCAGUCACCUCCAUGGCCAGACAUCACAACUAUGGCAGCACCAGUCACCUCCAUGACCAGACCAGACAUCACAACUAUGGCAGCACCAGUCACCUCCAUGACCAGACAUCACAACUAUGGCAGCACCAGUCACCUCCAUGACCAGACAUCACAACUAUGGCAGCACCAGUCACCUCCAUGGCCAGACAUCACAACUAUGGCAGCACCAGUCACCUCCAUGGCCAGACCAGACAUCACAACUAUGGCAGCACCAGUCACCUCCAUGGCCAGACCAGACAUCACAACUAUGGCAGCACCAGUCACCUCCAUGGCCAGACCAGACAUCACAACUAUGGCAGCACCAGUCACCUCCAUGACCAGACAUCACAACUAUGGCAGCACCAGUCACCUCCAUGACCAGACAUCACAACUAUGGCAGCACCAGUCACCUCCAUGACCAGACAACACAACUAUGGCAGCACCAGUCACCUCCAUGACCAGACAUCACAACUAUGGCAGCACCAGUCACCUCCAUGACCAGACAUCACAACUAUAGCAGCACCAGUCACCUCCAUGGCCAGACAUCACAACUAUGGCAGCACCAGUCACCUCCAUGACCAGACAUCACAACUAUGGCAGCACCAGUCACCUCCAUGACCAGACAUCACAACUAUGGCAGCACCAGUCACCUCCAUGACCAGACAUCACAACUAUGGCAGCACCAGUCACCUCCAUGGCCAGACAUCACAACUAUGGCAGCACCAGUCACCUCCAUGGCCAGACAUCACAACUAUGGCAGCACCAGUCACCUCCAUGGCCAGACAUCACAACUAUGGCAGCACCAGUCACCUCCAUGGCCAGACAUCACAACUAUGGCAGCACCAGUCACCUCCAUGGCCAGACAUCACAACUAUGGAAGCACCAGUCACCUCCAUGGCCAGACCAGACAUCACAACUAUGGCAGCACCAGUCACCUCCAUGACCAGACAUCACAACUAUGGCAGCACCAGUCACCUCCAUGACCAGACAUCACAACUAUAGCAGCACCAGUCACCUCCAUGGCCAGACAUCACAACUAUGGCAGCACCAGUCACCUCCAUGACCAGACAUCACAACUAUGGCAGCACCAGUCACCUCCAUGACCAGACAUCACAACUAUGGCAGCACCAGUCACCUCCAUGGCCAGACAUCACAACUAUGGCAGCACCAGUCACCUCCAUGGCCAGACAUCACAACUAUGGCAGCACCAGUCACCUCCAUGGCCAGACAUCACAACUAUGGCAGCACCAGUCACCUCCAUGGCCAGACAUCACAACUAUGGCAGCACCAGUCACCUCCAUGACCAGACAUCACAACUAUGGCAGCACCAGUCACCUCCAUGACCAGACAUCACAACUAUGGCAGCACCAGUCACCUCCAUGGCCAGACAUCACAACUAUGGCAGCACCAGUCACCUCCAUGGCCAGACAUCACAACUAUGGCAGCACCAGUCACCUCCAUGGCCAGACAUCACAACUAUGGCAGCACCAGUCACCUCCAUGGCCAGACAUCACAACUAUGGCAGCACCAGUCACCUCCAUGGCCAGACCAGACAUCACAACUAUGGCAGCACCAGUCACCUCCAUGGCCAGACAUCACAACUAUGGCAGCACCAGUCACCUCCAUGGCCAGACAUCACAACUAUGGCAGCACCAGUCACCUCCAUGGCCAGACAUCACAACUAUGGCAGCACCAGUCACCUCCAUGACCAGACAUCACAACUAUGGCAGCACCAGUCACCUCCAUGGCCAGACAUCACAACUAUGGCAGCACCAGUCACCUCCAUGGCCAGACCAGACAUCACAACUAUGGCAGCACCAGUCACCUCCAUGGCCAGACAUCACAACUAUGGCAGCACCAGUCACCUCCAUGACCAGACCAGACAUCACAACUAUGGCAGCACCAGUCACCUCCAUGGCCAGACAUCACAACUAUGGCAGCACCAGUCACCUCCAUGACCAGACCAGACAUCACAACUAUGGCAGCACCAGUCACCUCCAUGGCCAGACCAGACAUCACAACUAUGGCAGCACCAGUCACCUCCAUGGCCAGACAUCACAACUAUGGCAGCACCAGUUACCUCCAUGACCAGACAUCACAACUAUGGCAGCACCAGUCACCUCCAUGGCCAGACCAGACAUCACAACUAUGGCAGCACCAGUAACUCCCAGGUGAAGACCAAACAGAAGAAAAUGUUUUAGUUAAAUAAAUUAUAUAUAGAACAGGGACGGGCCCUUUUAGUUGCUAAAUGUUUUGCUCCAGCGUGUAACUAAUUGACUCACUCAUAGCUACUACUCCUCCAUGCUAACAGUUGGCUGAAGUAAACCCUGAUAUGAGUGUCAAUGAAAAGACCCACUGAAACAUCUCUCUGAAACAAAGUUUACUUACAGAUACCCAAAAGCCAUUGACAGUAAGAAUGUACACAGUGAUAAAUGCUAUUUGUAUGACUUUACAAACUGAUCAGAUAUACUUUCUUUCAUAAAGAACAGCCAUUCUAACAUGCAAACACAGGAUGAAGAACUGAUGAUGUGACCACGUUUAGGAUUACAAAUGUGUUAGUUUACUAUUCUAACAUUUAAGCCUUGGAACAUUUGAUUAAACAGUUCAGACUAUAAAAGUUACAUGUUCUUGUUAGGUCUACAGCAUAAUGUAUGUUACGUCUGAUUUCCUCCACAGAACCAAUACAUCUUCAUUUGUUUGUUUCAGCUGCAAUAUAUUUUAUAGUGUUAUUCUCAGAGAACUACAUUAAUCCUACAGACACUAUGAAAAUUCAACCUUGUUGGUUAACCAAAUAUGUAUAUAUAAAAUUCUGAAAUGUAAAAAAUAUAAAUCUAGAGUUUUCCCAAAACAAAUGAAUAGGUUCAGAAGUAGGAGUCCCAUCAGACUUCGGACGGUAAACUAGCUUAAACAACAGUAUAUGCAUUCAGUAAAACUUUUUUUUUUUACUUAAACAAUACAUGUGUACAGUAGUUAUGCUAACAGUUCAAAGAAUGAUAAGGCACUAACCGAAAAGGGACUUCUCUCUGAAUUUAGUUUAUAUCUACACACUGAAAACACAACAGUAACAUGUAUAACAGUCCAACAUUUUAACCAAGAAAGGUUAAGUCUUUCAAGUUUCAGAGAUUGAGUGAUAGUCUUCACAAAGUCCAUCUCAUCAACUUGGAGAGAGAGAGAAGCCCCAUAGUUAAAUCUAUGUAUUGAGUGACAGUCAGCAAGUUGUGUUCAUCCUUUCAGACCGUUGUGUAACCCUGUGUGGUUGCGGUCAGACCGUUAUGGUGCAGAAACAGCAUCUGGUCAAGGCCCUCUGGAGGAAUAUUGGUUCUCUUCCUCUGAGUCACCCCCCCUCCAUCCUGCAGGAACAUCUGGACGGCACUGCCUGCGACAGCCGGGGCAGCUAGGUAGGCACGUGCCACUUUGGCCAGCAGGGGGAGCUGUCCUGACCUAGCCUUCCACCACUGUGAAGGCUCAACGCCCAGGGUGGCCCCCUUCUCUGCUCUGAAGACGGACAGCUCAAUGUCCACUGUCUCUUCCACUGAGGGCUGCUUGUUCUGGGACUGGGAGCCGAAUAGGUCCCCUAGAAGGAACUCCAUGCCAGUCUGCUGGGAGGUGGGCUCCAGUUUCGGCUCCAUGUUAUCACUCUCACUGUCGUCGUUCACAGAGCUACCGGUGUCUUCCUCGUCUGAAUCGCUCUCUGUUCGCUCUUUAAAACUGACCGGGGUGAUCUCCUUCAGCCUUUUGCUUCUUCUCAGGACGUCUCCCUCCAUCUCUCCUGAUGAGGUGGUCGAGGAGGAUCCCCUCUUCUUCCUCUUCCUCCCUGGAGACGCUGCCUCAGCCCUCCUCCGGUCCUCCUCUACGAUCCGGACCACUUCUUUCUUCAGCCAGGCGAAGGUGGUCGCCUGCUCUCUGACGUCCAUGAAGCCCAGGCCGUGAAACUGGGGUCGAGGGCGCACGCUACACACAAUACCUGGUUGAUCUGGGGGUCGUUGUAUCGGCGGGAAAGGCCCCACCUUAUCUUCUUUUUGAGUUCCUUCAAGAUGGUGGAGUCGUUGCGAUGGCGGGGGUGGGGGGCGAAAUGUCGGUCGAGCAGGCCGGUGAGGAUGGGCUUGACCAGCGAGAGCCUGGGGAACGGUUCCUUGGCCAGGGUACGGCACGCCACGUCUAGGGGUUUCAGCAAGGAGGAGAGAUCCUCCAACACCUUCCAGUCAGAUCGCUUGGGAGGCACGGGGACCGAUGAGUUGGAGCUGUCGGUGGUGUCAGAGUUUGCACGGCCAGCUGAAGUGGAGUUUGUGUCAUGUUUGUCAGCGGUUUUCAAAGCGGCAGUCGCCCCCGAAUCCAAGUCAGUGGGACUUCCUGUGUCUUGUCCAGUUUGGAUCUCAUUGUCUAUUUGUUUUAGUGUCUCAGAGAUCAUGUUUUGAUAGCGGAGGAGCGUCUUAACCACACUGUAAAGCCCAUUCCAGCCUGGUUUCCCAUAGGCCCAAGCCUUCAGCUCAGCCGUCUCCUGCUUCUGUAGGACUACGAUCAGUUUCCUGGCUGGGUGAAGAGUUACCAUGUCUUUAUCAUGGAGGGAGAAGAGGCUGUAGAGAAGGUGUUGGAAUACACAGAGGGUCUUUGAGAUGAUGGAAUGACUCAUGACUUCCUCUAUGCAGCUCUGAACAGCUGUGAAGAAACAGGGUAUGGGUGGAGAGUGGGACUCCUCGCUGGUGGAGUUGGCUCGUUCGAUCGCUCGUUCCAAACCUGAGAGAUCAUCAGAGGAUAUGGAGUCCUCCAUCUCCAGGAAUGUGGUGGAGUUCGGGUGGUGGUGACGGGCACCUCCACCCACCCCUUCUCCACUUCUCUCUUUCUUCUUCGCACCUACCUUCGUCUUUUCCAUCUCUUCGCCCCCAAGCAGGAUGAAACUGGGCUGAGAGAUGUCCCACUCCUGAGCCACGGACCUCACUGUAGCCUCGACCACGCUCAGAUCCAUAUCCCCAGUUCCCGUCUCACCCAGACGCUGCGUGGCCAAAGCCAGGUUAUGGGAAGUGAAGUCAGCGUUGAUGAAAUGGGCCCACAGGGUGGCGUAUCUCUCCUGGUCUCCCUGCCAGUCAUGACACCACACGUCAGCACUAACAGCUACGUGGUGAGAUACUUGGUUCUGGGUCUGUGAGUGGAAACGGGCAGCUUUUCUUGUUGAGGAGCUGGGUUUGAAUUGAACUGGAAUAUUAGGUUUGGAAGUGUCUUCCUCAUUGAACCCAGUGCUGUUGGUCAGCAGCUUGGCCCAGUUCUUUCUUCCCUCGGUGUGGACGUCCCUCAGCACCUCCUCCAGUAGAGAAGCUGAAGGAAUCUCCUUGCAGGACGGCAGCAGGGUCUGGAUCAGCUGCUUGAAACCCUCCCCCUCCACUGUAUCCGGGGGCAACAAGUCUUUGAUGAGGAAGUUAGUGAUGGCUGUGGUGGUUUGAUUGGUCAGGAAGUUAGAGAGCGUUCUCUGUCCCGGUGUAGCGGUGGAACCCGCGGUCACAGUAUCGGUCACUGCUGAACUGCCGUUCCCACUCCAAGUCCAGUCCUCAUUACUGUAGUUGCUGUUGGUGGUUCUGUGGGUUGAGGGGCUGCUAGAACGAGGUGCUCUGCCGCCCGUAGUGGGGUAAGGCCUGAAGCGCGAGGACGAAACCCAGGGCUUGUUGCCGUCCUUGAUGACGUCCCGACGCUUCAUAUGGUGUAUCAGGACCAGGUGGUUCUCCAGCUGGGUGACAGUAGCACUGUAGUCCACCUGUUGACCACACAGCUUGCACACGACUUUGUCCUUGUCCAGCGGCUGGCCGUUGGGGUCCGGCUCAAACCCAAAGAACUCCCAUACAGGGCUGUUGGGCUGAGAGGGGCUCAACAGUAUCUCAGCACCCUUUACAAAGUCGUACUUCACGGUUGUUGCCAGUCCCGUCUGAUUGGUGUUUUGAGGUGGGUUGAGGACAGGGGUGGGGUCAGUGGUAUCAGUCUGUAACCCGCUACUGACAUCACUGAUGACUGGCAGGGGGCUCCCUGAUUGGCUGUUGUCUGACCAGCUGUAAGAGGCAUUGGCGUCUGGGAGACUGCUAGUUCCGCCCACUGGCACGACCUGGAUGUCACGGAAGAUCCGCAGUAGGAUUUCCUUGUCCCCGAAUUCACACUUGAUGUUCUCACCUGUGAGAGUGACAGUAAGAGAAUAACAGUGUUCAUGUGAGUCAAAAUAUAGGUAAUGCUUUAUUUUGCAUCUCCCUGAUCAGCUCCCUUUUACUACAAGAUAACAGCGUAAUUCCAUAAAAAAAUGUUUUUCCAUCACAUGGGACGAAUACUAGGAAGCUCCAAUUGUCAAGUAAUAAAUAAUAUUACCAGUUAAUAACGCCUAACAACGUUAAUUCCGUUGCGCUCCCAACUCCCAAUCACCAAACGUACCGAUCCCUAGACCCAGCAUGGCAGCGUACUCCUGGCCAAUCCAGACCUUGAGUUCUGUCCCCUCAGGGAUGGGCUGGGAGACCCUGUAGAAGAUCUGACCGCGGUACUGGAACACCGUCAGGUUGUGUUCUUCCUCGCAGGCAGCACACGCUACAUACCUGAACAGGGAUGAGAGGCAUGACAAGGCAGUGAUAUUAACAUUGCAAAGCCAAUGGAGCAGUUUCCCCAGACACAGAUUAAGUCUAAUCCUGGACUAAAAAAUUAUUCUCAAUGGAGAAUCUCCAUUGAUCUUGCUUUUCAGUCCAGGACUUAAUCUGUGUCCUGGAAACCAGCCCUAAAUGUAUAUCUUGACUAAAGAUGAUAUUCACAUAGAUAUGAGAAAUAUGAAGUAGGGAUGUCUGUUUAGACAUUAGAAACAUAAAUGACUAAAUGACUUAUAUUCACUGGGUUAACUAAUAAGAUCAGUACAGGAAUACGUGUUUAUAUUGAAAAAGGUUAAACAGAUCGCUGACAACCUGAAAGACUAAAUGUAGACAUCAUUGUUUCAAACUUAACUUCUCACCUCAUCCAGUUUGAUUUGUUUUCAUCCGAGGCAUCUACGAAGUAGUAGGAAUCAUUUUCUUUGAUCUGGGAACAAGAGAAGAGAAUCAACUAUUAGCUGAUUUGAAGACCAAACUGACCACAUUUGCAUGUAGUUUACAGUGUAUAGGUCAGCCUUUAUCAAGACUAUACUGAACUAAAUGUAAACGCAACAUGUGUUGGUCCAAUGUUUCAUGAACUGAAAUAAAAGAUCUCAGAAAUGUUC